AUGCCAAAGCCGCUCUGGAGAAAAGGUCUCGACAGGUUCACCGUGGCGUUCUGGGCGAACCGACAUGUAAUGUGGAUAUGGCCCAAGAUGAAGGAUUGGAACGAGAUGAAGCCUGUCAUUCGGUGCGCUGUCGCCGCAUGGAUCGGGUUUGUGUUCCUCUUGAUCUAUCCUGUCGAACAGGCUAUGGGACAAGCAGCCUUCUUUGCGUUGAUCGUGGCCUUUAUCGCACCUCCGAACCUUCCCUUCAUCCAGGCGCUCGAACAGAUUUUCUUCCUCUUCUUCUUCGUCGGUCUAGCCUGGGCCUGGGUCGUCCUCGCCGGCCUGUGCGUCAACAGGGCCCGAACGGGAAACUAUAGUCAAAGUCGUCUCCAAGCGAAUCAAGAGAAAUACGCUUAUCUACAAGAGACGGACCCGACGCAGUACGGGAGGAGGAUCAUCUUUGAAGGGUCUUAUAUCGAAGCUGGGCCGGCUAUCAUCUGCGGUGCUUUUUUAGGGGUGGGAUGUGCUUUCUAUGCUUGGCUCAAGAUUCAUACGCAACCUGCGCCAUUUACUUUCGCCUUGGUCCUCGGGUGUGUUCUGAUGGACGUCUCUCUGACGAUCAUGCACCUGUUUCCAUACAGUUAUCUGACAUCAGGACUGCUCUUCAUGCUACCAAUGUCGAUCCAGCUCGGACUCGCCGUCCUCUGCUCGAUCUUUGUCUUUCCGGAAAGCGUCGGGUCGAGCUUUACGCGCAAGAUGGAUGGUGUAUUGAAGCCUAUCAUGAGCGCGACCGAUGACCUGAAACACCUUUUUGACGAUGUCAAGCAAUCGAGGGAUCAGAGGCUUGAGCUGGAUCGCUCGGAUUCCGAUCCCACCGUCUUUGGCUCGGACGCUGCAUCCCUCGAGGAAGACGAAAAGGCAGACAUGAAGCGAGAGAAUCUGAUAAAAUGGGCCAAAACGGGUGCUUGUAUACGGGAAAAGUUCAUCAACAGUGGGGCUGGCCUGGGACCAUUGAAAGGGCAAGAACACUACCUCGCCAAGGAAUUGGCCUUCUCACGGUAUAGCGGGACCGAUAUCCAGGAGCUUUUCGUCCCCAUCCAGAACGUGCAGCUACGUAGCGCAGGGCUCAGCUUCUUUUUCGACGUUUUGGCAUCGGCUAUUCAACAUACGCAUCUGAACUCGCAGGCCUUUAACGUGGCUGAUUCUCGACCUGUGACGCCAGUAUCAAGUCGACCUGCCUCGCUGCACGAGGAGAGACGGUCUUCGAAACAUGUGGUCUCGCCUCUGGCGGAUGAUCAUCACGAUCGCGAGUCGUCGACGCCUUUGGGUUCGCCCAGCGAGUUUGCGGAAUCUGACGAGCACGACAUCGGUCGACCGGAUCUGUCCACACGGUCUCACUCGUACAGCCUGCGAAAACGACUCCACUUGCCGUUCGACUGGCAUCGGAGUUCGGGGUCUCAUGGUUCACCACGUACUUUCAGUUUUGGCGACAAGGUGGCGAGCCAUACUUCGCUUAUGGAUCAUUUGCGGAAGAAUCAGGCGCCAGUCGGCAUAUUUGAGAGCAUGAAAUACCUCGAGAUGGAACGUAGUCAAGGAGGUGAUGUCGACCAUGUGACGCAAGAGAUGGAAUUACUGGCCGUCGCUGUCGAGCCACUGAUUGAACAGCUUCGAGCAAGUAUGGGAACGGCCUCAACGUGGCUUUCCAAGGCAAAUAAGGACCGAUCGCUAUACAAGGCAGCCCUCUCGAUCGUGAGAAGCCAGGCAAUCAAAUCGAAACCCGCAGAAGAGCGAGAAGAGCAUCGGCAAUCUAUGAAAAUGCUCGAGGCGCGACUGAACGAAUUUAGGACUCAUGACCGCCUCAAGAUUAUCGAGCCAUACCGACACCUUCUCGAUCCGUCUCACCCUCCCUCGGAUCAGUUCGACUACAAAAAGCUCAAGCACCGGGCCCUGUUCUGGGGUUUCUUAUUCAGCUACCAUAUCUCAGAGUUCUCCGGAGCGGUAUUGGAGGUCUUGCAGAAGCAGGAGGCGCUAGACGAAUUGCGUCCCAAGGCGUCUUUCUGGUGGCCAACGAUCUCCUUCACAUUUACGUACUUCGCUCGGAAGCAGGCCGCAGGCGGUGAAGAAGGCGGGGAUGUCAGCGAUGAUACUGAUCCGGGUAAGCACGUUGUUCCUGAACACGAACCCCUAUUGGGACAAGCGAAACGUCGAGAUCCCGAUACGAUGCCCUUUGACAGUCCACUCUUGAACGGUCUACGGUACCUUGACAAAGGACUUGCCUUUUGGACGAAACCGGAAGCUUUAUUUGCUCUGAAAGCCGGGUUGCUUACCGUGGCCGUGGCGGCACCGGCCUAUGUUCCCAACACAGCUGGCUUUUGGUACUAUAACAGGGCUCUCUGGUGUCUGGUCAUGGCCCAACUGACCUUGGCCGUCAACUCAGGUGACACGAUCGCCGCCUUUCUACAGCGUCUACAAGCCUCGUUCUGGGGCUGUCUCGUCGGUCUGGUACUUUGGUACAUCUCAUCUGGAAGCGGAAUGGGAAAUCGCUAUGGUCUCGGUGCCGUUACCGCCGUUGCCUUCAUCCCGCUCAUGUCGCUACGGGUACUCUGGGGUCCUGGGACACCCUUGGUGUCGAUCCUGUUCACAGUCUCGGCAGGCUUAGUCGUCGGUUACAGUUGGAUCAAUACCUCUCUCUUCCAGGCGACAGAUGUGACCUACGGCUGGUCCACCGCUUGGAGACGCUUCGUCACUGUCAUCAUCGGCACUACCGCCGCCAUGAUCGUCUCCCAGCUCCCGCCUGUCCAGUCUGGCAAACGUCAAAUCCGACUGAGCUAUAGCAGUACGAUCAGUCAGAUCGGCAACGUCCUGUGUGACGUCUUGUCCGAGAUGCACGACCCGCAUCGACAAGAGGAAGUUCCUGUUCGGGACAAGGUCUUGGCCUUGAAGCGCAAGCUAGCGAAGUUGGGUGCGAGGCACGCUACGAUCGGGUUCGAGGUCUCUUUACGAGGGAUGUGGCCAGCAGCGAGGUAUCAAGCUCUGCAAGACGUCUGCGUCGACCUGGUCGGUCUGCUUUCCCAGCUCAACCACGUCUCUGCGGACAUGCCAUAUGUCUGGAAACGGGCAGUCCUUCAACGAACCCGGUUAUCUGACAGCCAGUUCAUUGGCGACUUGUUGGCGGUGAUCUCGAUGUGUGCCUCGGCCCUAAAAUCUGGAACACCCCUGCCCCAGGUCACUCCAGGUCCUCUAGUCGAACGUCUUUUCUCGCAGGGUUACGGGUUGGAGGUCGUCUCUGGCAGAUGGGAUGAGGAUGCGAGUCUACCGAAACACGUCACUGUGGACGUGCUCGAAACAGAUGAGUAUUUGCGUUACGCAAUCUCGGCUACGUGUAUCUUUUCGAUUGUGAGACGUUUCGACCGAUUGUUGCUGGUCUUGAAGACCAUCGUCGGCGAGGAGUUUCAUCUGGAUCACUUGGAUAUGAUGGAAAGGUACGCAUGA